AUGGAAUUAGAAUUAAAAGAAGCCCGUGAACUUGAAAAAUCAAAUCGCUCUCAUCUUCAAUCCUCGAGGGAUAUGAUAGGAAGUUUGCAGGAAACAGUUUCACAACUAGUUUAUUUAAAACGAGAUGUUCAAAAAUUAAAGUAUGAAAUAAAUUCCAAAGAUAUUACCAUAGCAAAUAUAAACAAGAUGAACGUCGUCGUAUUGGAAUACGAAGAGAAAAUACAAAGGAGUGCUUCAGAAAUAUCACAACUUCAGGACAAACUCGCGAUGCAAACAUCCAUUAAUGACGCUAACAUUGACGCCUACAGAAGGAAAAUAGAAGAUUUGGAAGGUAAGCUGAAACAGUGUCAGUUUAAGGAAUAUUUGGCCCAAAACAGCUUCUCCUCUCAAAUGGAAAACAGGGUCGAACGUCCAUAUUCAAUGAGUCGUGAUUAUUCUGAAAGCUCAGAAAUGAAUUCAGCUCCAUUAAGUCCUCGCAUGUCUGGCUACUCAAGACAAAAACCGACCUUACAAGUCGUGUACGACAACGGAACGUUACCGAAAAACGAGAAAAAAUCACAUUUCAAUAUAACCAAGAAGAGAAAACUAUAUAACGACAAGGACUUUCUAAAUCACUGA